AUGUGUGAAUUGUCAGCUCUAAUGUGCGCCAUUCUAAGUGAGUUACACGUUGCCGUAGAUAACACCAAGGAUAGGGAUACGAAAAAGUCAGCUUUGAAGAACAAGGAUCUGAAGUACAGAAAGGGGGUGAAAAGCAAAAGAGAUGUACUGCAGGGACUACAGGAAGAGGCACGCGAGCUCUUAUCGCUGACCUACGAAUUGAAAAUGGAUCCCGAGGAAAUGGGACAUGAUGACAACGACGAUGAUUGCAUCGCCCCGAAAACACUUCUGGAGUCUCCGCAACUUGAUAUCGACAGUAAGACCAAACAGGCAAUCGAAAGAAAGUGGUCGCAAGAUAAGAACUACAAGGAUUAUAAACUGCUACCAGGACCAGAUGUAACCAAGGGCUGUGAAACUGAGAAGGUUCUGGACGUCAGUACAUCUGACGAAGCACGGGAACGCAUUGUUGGUAAUGUAACAUCUACAGACGUUAUACUGCCGAUACGCCACUUACAAAAGGAUCUCUCCUACCCUCUGGAUAUAUCACUUCGUGACGCACAGAGCAGUGGACAUUUGGUCGCUGAUGCAAAGCGUGAGGAUUAUCAAGAGAUGCUAGUGUCUCUACAGCACAAAUACAGCGUCGUACUGCGCAUGUUCGAAGAAAUAAAUGAACAAAGGAUGUCCUACAUCGAAGGUAUACAGGAAUUGCAGGGUCAUUUGGACAAUGCCCGUUCUGUCAUGCAGCUGCAGAAGGCAGAGAUCUCUAGGCUGAAAAGCAAUUCGGAAUAUCAUGAAUCUGUAGCCCGUGAAGCUGCGAAAGAAGCCGAACAUUGUACUGCUGUACUAACUGAGCAUGUCCAACACGAGGAACAACUAGAGAAUGAACUGGAGGAGAAAACAAUUUAUAUCCAACAGGUAGAAACUGAGCUUGUAGAACAAAGGGAAUCGGUGAAGGCACUUACCGAACGUAUACGUGAACUUGGUUUCAUGCCAAAAUUGUCUGAUAAUAAGGAGUUCAAGGAUGCUGAGUACACCUACUCUCAAGCCAUUGAGACAUUAUGGAACAUAAUGACCAAACUCAGCGCUCCGAAAAUCUCUGAGGCGGAACUGGAGAGUUUCGUAUCACCAGAAACAGCCAGUACAGCGCCAUUGCGCUACCUUGAAACAUUGUUAAAGAUGCCAUUGACAACUCAACUCGUGGACAUCUAUAGGUACCGCUUCGACAUGGAGAGACGUUUCAACAGUGACGUCAAACGUAUCCGAGAAGAUAAGGACAAGGAGCUUGAACGCAAUAAUGAGCGUGCCAAGCAGUUGAUAGAUACAUACGCUGCCCGUACUCUCCAAGCAAAUGCUGAGAACAUGGCAGUACGUGCUUUCUUGCAAACCUCCUUGCAUAGGUGUACUCUUCGACGAAACGGUGAGGUAGUCGCACGCAUAGAGAAGGACAUAUACAAGAUCGACUUUGGUUUCCAUUCGUCGUCUUAUAUCUUGCAUCAUGAGUUGAUAAAAGAACAGGAUAUCUAUCCUUGGCACUUUUUCUCGAUUACUACACGGACUCGUGAAUACAACAUGGUCUGUCGGAAUGACAAAUUCUUGGACGUAUUGAUUAUCGGAAUAAACCUCAAGAUUAUGCCGAAACGUUUCAGCGUAGGCAUAGUUGGUAUUUCACAGAUGCGACUGCUUCGUGCUAAGACGAAGUUGCACUACCAUUGUAUGGUCCACAAUAUAUCUUACCACCGCAUGUGGAUCAAUGCAAUUAAGAAGACAGUUGCUGAGCAGCAAACUUCGCACUAA